AUGGAAAUGUUAUCUGGAAUUGCAGAUAUAGAAAAUGUCACUUUAAAAAUUCAAAUGGUUAAUUAUUCUUCUAAUAAAAUGCUAGUUAUGAUUUGUGAUAAAUUUUUAGAAUUAAAUGAAAUGAAAAAUAACUGGAAUGAAUAUUUUCAUUUGAAAGAAAUUAAUGUUGCUUACAUUCAAUUACCUUUUAAAACUGAAUAUUCGCCAACAAAGGAAGCUCUACUUAAAAAUUUAUUAAAAGUAAUUGAAGUAAUAGAACCAAUAGCUAAAAUUGAAUCAUUUUGUGGAAUCUAUACAGGAUCAUUAUUUGCAAUUGAAUUAGCAAGAAUAAAGAAUGUAUCAGUAAUACCUCUAAUUAGAAUGAAAUGUUUAAACGAGUUAAUUGAUACUCAUUUUAUAUUUAAAUUUCCUUUUUUGAAAAACAAAAAGGAUUUGAUAAUUGAUGAACAUUUUAAUUUUUUUAAAGAGGAAAUUAAAAUACCAAAAGAGGAAUUUUAUUCGUUUGAUAUUUCAAAGGAUUAUGAUGAUCCAGAAGUACAAAUUAAUACUCUUUUUAAACUUAUUAAUUAUAUUGUUAAUCCUAAUUCAAUUCCAAAGAGUAAUAUUCAAUUUUAUAAAAAUCAAAUUGAACAAUUAAACACAUGUUUUAGUAUGUUUAAAUUUAAUUCAUCAUUAAAUAGUGAUGAUCAAAAAACAUUAUCAUUAAAUAGAAAAAAAUUUGAUGAAAUGUAUUUUUCAAAUUUAGAAGAAGAAAAUGAUGAUUCUUCAAUGAAUUUAUUAGAUGUAAAUGAAACGUGGUUUUGUUUAAAUCAAUAA